AAUAGAAAAUGCGUCACCAUUAGGCAAGGAUGGUAAACCGAUACCAAUUGAUUUAAGCAGAGCACGACUUGGUGUUACUGCUUGGCUUGAAGAGUAUAAUGUUAAAUUUGUAAAAAGACAUGAUAAUGUCGAAAAUGUUUUAUCUGGUCUAAACAAAAUUCAGGUGUAA